GGCAGUCUUCUUAACGAUUUAAAGCGUUACGGUUCAAAAUUUUUGAAAGCCUUGCGCUCUGAAACAUUUAGUUGUGAUCACGAUUACGCGUUCAUUGCUUCUAAGUAUUUUAAAGCUGCAUCAUCGCACCUCUGAGUCGCUGCUGGCCUGUUCGUUGUUUAUAUCAAAACAAAUAAAGCGCCAAUUCAUCACUCGACAUACAUAAAGCGAAAACACAAAACAAAAAGUGAAAUUUCGGAAUUUAAACGUCUAACACUCACCCAAGCGCAUUACCAACUCAGCUCUCCAUUGUCAGCUAUAACCAACUACUAAUAAAGUACUAGUCAAGCUCAAAUUUCAACUCGCAUAUCCUUACAAAUAAUCAUAUUUACAAAUGUGGCCCGAAAAUGUUGGCAUACGCGCCAUUGAGGCGAUCUUCCCAUCCCAGUUUGUGGACCAGACGGAAUUGGAACAAUUUGAUGGCGCCUCAGCGGGUAAAUACACCAUCGGUUUGGGUCAAGGGAAAAUGGGUUUCUGCUCGGAUCGUGAAGAUGUGAACUCACUGUGCCUCACUGUAGUCAGUCGCCUGCUGGAACGCUAUCAAAUCAAGCCACAAGAAAUCGGACGUCUGGAGGUCGGCACCGAAACUAUUAUUGACAAAUCAAAAUCCGUUAAAUCGGUGCUAAUGCAACUAUUUGCCGAUUCGGGCAACACAGAUAUUGAGGGCAUCGAUACAACGAACGCAUGCUACGGCGGUACAGCGGCACUCUUCAACUCCAUCAACUGGAUAGAGUCGUCCAGCUGGGAUGGCCGUUAUGCAUUGGCAGUUUGUGCUGAUAUUGCUGUGUACGCCAAGGGCGCAGCACGUCCCACAGGUGGCGCUGGCGCCAUUGCUAUGUUGGUGGGACCGAAUGCGCCGCUCGUCUUCGAGCGCGGUCUACGCGCUACACACAUGGAACAUGCCUACGAUUUCUAUAAGCCCGACUUGAGCUCGGAGUAUCCCACAGUUGAUGGCAAAUUAUCGAUACAGUGUUAUCUCUCCGCGCUGGACACAUGCUAUCAGUUGUACUGCAAGAAGUUUGCGAAAAAGUAUCCGCAAGAGGCUGAAUUUACAUUGGAUAACUUCGAAGCUCUACUUUUCCAUACGCCCUUCUGCAAGCUAGUGCAAAAGUCAGUGGCGCGCGUCGUCUUCAAUGAUUUUCUACAAUGCAGCAUUGAGAAGCGUGCGCUGAAAUAUCCCGGCUUGGAGCGCUUCAACGAAUGCACGCUGGCGCAAACCUACUUCGAUCGCGAUGUGGAAAAAGCCUUCAUGACACAAUUCGCUGACGUCUUCGAAACGAAAACACGCCGAUCAUUGCUGCUGGCCAAUCAGGUGGGCAACAUGUACACACCGUCCGUGUACUCUGGUCUCGUCUCAUUGCUCAUCAAUACGCCACCGGAGCGACUGAUUGGCAAACGCAUUGGCCUCUUCUCGUAUGGCUCCGGUUUGGCGGCCACAAUGUACUCACUGCAAGUGACCAAGGAAGCUGCAACUUUCAAGCAGCUCGUAUCUAAAUUGGAUUAUAUUUUACCGAUGCUAAAUUCGCGCGAGAAAGUUGCACCCGAACUGUUCUCCCAACUGAUGGAGGUGCGCGAGAAGAACAAUCAUGCGGCGCCAUACACGCCGACCGGCAGCGUAAGCGCUCUCUUUCCCGGCACCUACUACUUACAGUCCGUGGACGACAUGCAUCGGCGUACAUACGAACGCAAGCCGACCAUUGCGAAUGGCGUGCAUUAAUAGUUGCUGUUCAAGGAGGUGGUCGUCGUAAACGGCAUCUCGGCGCGUUGAGGGAAUUUAGGGCGCCAUAUGCAGUGCUUUAACUUAGUUUUAGUUAAG